GAAGGAUUUAGCGGCCUUCAGGACCUUGCUGGAGACGUUUCGACUGUCGUGGUCAGAGGAUGCCACCUGGACCGGUAUGAAGAUCACUUGCGACAUUGAGGACGCAGCUAGCGCUAGCCGAAUCCCUCGACAGAAGAUCUUGAGUCGAUCUUCGCAUUGGCGAAGGAGUGGGGUCUUGACGGGAAGCAACGCCUGGAGGAUGCUCAUCUUCCUGAUACGGCCCGAGUGCAACCCAACCUUUCCACUCUUCGACGUCUUUUUUCGAGCGCUGAUUCGGCGGCGUCCAAGAUUUUCGGCUCGUCCAGUCCCUGGAUAAACCCCCCCACAACCACAGCAGGUUAUCAAGGUCUAUUCCGGAAUGCGGAGUCAACUCACAACCUCUCGUCAUGUUUGCCACCUCUGGCUGCUCUGCUUUGACAAAUUUUCAUGCCCGCAUAGUACGGAGUACAAGAGUAAUAAAUAAGCAUUUGUUUGAAACUCUUAGAGCUAGUGUCGACUUAAAAUUGUUUGGGGGGGCUGUUUCAUUUGCCCAUUUAUGCUUCGCAGGUCGGUCUCAUGAACAAAUUCAUCAUCAACAACUCAACAGCAUGUGGUUUCCUGCAAGAAACAAGGAUGGAAGUUAGUUGACUGCGCGUUUGAUCACUCCAAGUAUUCCAGAAUGAAAAAAGAAAAGGCCACUUGGGAUUGAUCGGCGUGGCUUCCGGUGACACAUUCUGUCCUGUGGGCUGAUGUCUGGUACUGGCGCGCCUGAAACUGUGGCCAGUCAGAUACAUUCACCCCUGGCGGCUCACUUCGGCGACCGAUUUACUGAGGAUUGACGUUUCCCGAAACAUACGGAGUACUCGUCCCUGAUGAAGAUCAUUGCCGUCCGAUUAUGAAUGUGGGGCGAAUUGGGGGUGUUUUGGCUGGUCGCCCGUCUCUGGUUUCGCGAGUAAAACGUCAAGCUAACUCCAGAUACCGUUCGGCUGAGAGCGUGCAUGGCAGCCAGUGGAAAUGGCUCAAAUUAGAAUUGCAGCUCUGGGAUUUACGCUGCCACUCACCUAAUUUGUGGGAAGGAAUACUCCGCACGUUAAAUAUUAGUUGCUCUGCACCAUCAUUUCUCCGCAGGACAUGCUUGCAUGGCACGCGGUAUAUGAUCAUACGUGAUGACUUCCCGAAGGAAACCGGUAUCAUCCAUGCGGGAUAGCCUUCUUUAUAAAGUCCUGACGAAAUCCUGAGAACUGAUCUUCUCCUCUUAUUUCCGUCUUUUGCGGUCUCAAGGCGUUCAAGUACCAUACUGAAGUCGGCCGUGCCUGCAAAUUUCCGGACUGGUGAAGCACUGCCUGGUACCUGGGUCGUUCUCUCAUUGCAUCAUGAAGUCGCUCGCUGUUCUGUCGACGCUCGUGGCGUCUGCUCUCGCCGCAGCCGUCCCCAAUGUAAACUACAGCGGAUACAAAGUUGUUCGCAUCCCAACUGAACAAAGCAACCACGCCAAGGUUGUCGAUAUCAUUAAAGCCCUGAAGCUGGAUACAUGGAAAUACCCCAAAGCUGCCGGCUCCGAUGCAGAUAUUGUUAUCCCACCAAACCAGCUUUCGGCCUUCAACAAGGCCAUCGCUGGCCUCAAGACAGAGAUUAUGCACGAGGAUCUCGGAGCCUCUAUCGAGGGUGAAUCCACUCACUCUAGUGCUUUCAAAGCUGGAUCAUAUGCAACCGCUCCCGACUCCGAGUGGUUCAUGGAUUAUCACAGCUUUGAUGACCACAUGAACUGGCUCAACGAGCUCCAGAGCCAGCAUUCCUCGAACUCCGAGAUUGUCAGUGUUGGAAACAGCUACGAGAAUCGCCCUAUCCAGGGAAUCCAUAUUUGGGGAGCUGAACAAGGAAAGCCUGCUGUUGUUUGGCACGGAACUACCCAUGCCCGUGAAUGGAUUACCACCAUGGUUGUGGAAUAUAUGGCUGCCAGCCUUUUGAGUAAUUCCAGUGCUGCCGACGCUACAGUGCAAGCCAUGCUUGACAGCUAUGAUUUCUACAUCUUCCCCGUUGCUAACCCAGACGGAUUCGUCUUCACCCAAACCCGUGACCGCAUGUGGCGCAAGAACCGUACCCCUAACCAGGGUGCUUGCCCCGGUACUGAUCUGAACCGCAACUGGCCCUACAUGUGGGAAGGAAGCGGCUCAUCUCCAGACCCUUGCGAUGAAACUUACAGAGGAGCCCAGCCCGGUGACGCCCCAGAGACCCAACUUUGGCUCGAAUACCUUCCGAGACUUGUAGAGAGCCAGGGUGUAAAACAAUACAUCGACUGGCACUCCUACUCUCAGCUCUUCAUGACUCCAUAUGGCUACAGCUGCACCGAGACCCCUGAUAACCACGACAUGCAUAUUUCCCUCGCGAACGCCUUUAGCCAGGCAGUCGAGGCAGUUCACGGUACUAGCUUCACCACUGGCCCAAUUUGCAACGCUAUCUACCAGGCGAACGGAAACAGCGUCGACUGGGCUGUUGAUGUUGGAAAUAUUGAGUUAGGUUUCGCUGCGGAGCUCCGUGAUACUGGUAGAUAUGGUUUCGUUCUUCCACCUGACCAGAUUAUCCCAAGCGGUGAGGAAACCUGGGCUGGUAUCAAGGCUAUGUUUGAGAACCUCUAA